CCCUCUCCUACCCUAUAGGAGAGGCUCUUCCUCCCAUUUGUCUAGUCUGGAUGUGUAUCUGUUGGGGAUCUCGCUGAAAUCCGGGAUUUCACAAACUUGCAGAUAGUGCUACUGGAGCAGUGUAGAAUACAGAUUGCCGAAAGUGUCCUCGAUAGUAACAAUCAAUAUCCUGACGGUUCAGUACAUGAGGGGUAAACCAAUUGCCUUUUGGGGACACCUUGAAAGCAUCGCUGCGUUACUAAAGCUUUAAGUUCGAACUUCUAUCAUCCGUAACGUUCAGCUCUCUUCACGCGUACUCAUCGCGAUGGCUUCGGGAAGUCCGGACGACUCUGGUAGGCAAGCUGCCCUUCCAUGGACACCUGACGUGUCCGAGAGCGCAACCGAAGCUCUACAAGCAUUGGACACUUACAAGAAGAAGGAUCCAUCUAAAGUGGUGGUUCGCUUCAAGGCAGUCGGUAACGCACCAAUCAUGAGGCAGAACUUUUACAAGAUUACUGCCUCCAACCGUUUCCAGGCAGUCAUACAGUUUUUGAGGAAGGAGCUGGGCUGGAAAGCCGGAGAUCCACUGUUCACAUAUAUCAAUCUCGCAUUCUCUCCUGCUCCUGACGACACAGUAUCAAAUCUGUACAAGUCAUUCGCUACGGAAGGACAUCUGAUAGUCAACUACAGCACGACGGCGGCAUGGGGGUAGCACUCUUGCUAAACAGUGCCAUCUUGUAUUUUUCUGCGCACAGUUGUGUCACCGUUGAACAUUAUACUCGCCACAAGUUAAUACAUAUUCUUCGCUCGUUAUGUCUGUUCGAGAACCUAUGGGCGACUCGUUAAAGAGUGCAGUGACUGACA